UUUCGAGACUUGUAAACUGACAAAAUCGAGCUCAUAGCAACGUUUACCAUAGCAACCAUGGCGGAGACGCGAGAGGACCGUAAAACCAAUGCGGAACUUGUGGAGGAUUUGAAACGCCGUAAUGCUGUCCUACAAGCAGAGGUCGAUAUGUGUGAACGAUACACUAGCUGGAUGGAGGCUGAAUCAGAGAUGGCAUCACAGAUGGAAACGAGUGGAAGAAAAAAGACAAGAGCACCUACUCCAGGAAGUCGAUUGCUCACAAUGGAGCAGCAAUGUGAGGUCGCCCAGAGUGUACAUAAACAAAUAAGUGAAGAUCUGAAGAGACUUAAAAGCGAUACAGAGAGAUCACUGGACAAUUACAAGGCAACGCUUGAAGAAGCUGAUGUCCACUUGUCGGAGGUUAAAAAGGAAAGUGGCCAGUUUAAUCGUGACAUUGGUAAAGCACUGCGGGAUAAAAAGAGUGUGACGAUGAACGUUGAGAAGGUUAUCAGAUACAUUGAGGAUAGAAAGAAAGCCAAGGACAACCUGAUUGAGAAGUUGCAUCAGCAGAAUGCAGCCCUCCUAGCCCACAAACGAAAACUGCAGAUCCAAAUAAAACAGCAGGAAAAGAUGGUUCAGGGCCUGACGGCGCUGGACUUUGAAAAGCUCAAGAUUGAUAACAUCAAAUCUCAGACGCAACUGGAUAACCAAAACCACAAGCAUCUGGAGCUCAAACUUCUCGCAGUCAACACCUUGAAGGCUUUGAACUCUACCAAGGAAAAGCUUCAGACCUUGACACAAGAGUCAGACGCGCUAAGCAGUGACAUUGCUUCACGUAGGAGAUUAAUGGUUAAGAUGGAGGAGGAGACCAAGCAAGCAGAAGAGGAGCGAAGCAAAGCGGAGGCCCUGAACCGGAAGCUGAGGGGCCAGUUGGCUGACUUUCAAGUACCACAUGUUCUAGAAUAUAUCAAAGUUGAAGACUCCCACAGCCAGUUAGUGAAGAGCGUUAAAGCCUGGGAACGCAAGGUGGAGAUAGCAGAGAUGGCAUUAAAAACAUACACUAAAGCGUGGGACAAGCUUCGGAUCUCUGCUGGAGUUGGAUCGUCAUGUCCAUGAGGAACCACGAUAGAUGCAGAACUGUGUGGGCUUUAAAUAAACUUACUUUAAGUCAAAAUCUUUUUUGCUCAAAUGUAGCUCAAUACCAUGCGUUAACAAAUGACACAUACCUAUACGUUAUUAAUGAAAAGGUUUAUUAGUUAGUGCUGUGUAUAUUAAAUGCUACAUACAGAUGUCACAUCAA